AUGUCUUGCGAUUUAUCAGAUCCCAACAUUUCAGAAGCAUAUGAGGAGAUCAUUAGUGGUCAAGAUACUAACUGGCUUAUUCUUGGCUAUAAUGAUACACGAGAUAAAAUUUCCCUUUAUUCCAAAGGUUCUGGUGGUCUCGAAGAACUCCGUAAUAAUCUCAGAGAGGAAGUACUUUAUGCCCGCGCUUUAGUCCACGGUAGAGCCGUUGGUGCAUUAUUCAAGGCACAUCAAAUUCAGAUCAAUGCUUCCACCCCAAACGAUCUUACGGAAGCUAAUGUUCGUAACAGAUUGAAAUUAGGUGAUCCAUCUGAGAGACCAAAUUCUCCUCCAGGGCCAAAGCGUAAUCAAACUCUUCCUGGUACACCUCCAGCUGGAAGUCCUGUUCAAUCCCAAGUUCCUGUGUCUCCUAUUUCACCUAAACAACCUCAACCUGACCCAGGAAAUGAUGAAGCUCUUUUAAAACAAGAUUCUGAAAGACGCGCUGCCGAAGAUGCUGAAAGACUAGCGCGUGAAAAAGGUGAACGUGAUGCUAUUGCCCAAAGAAAAGCUGCUGAACAAGCUAAAGCUGAACUUGAUCGUAAAAAUCGUGAAGAAGCCGAGCGAAAACGUAAUGAAGAACUUAGAAAUAAAUUUGCUGAAUUGGAAAAGAGUGGCAAGUUUUGGAAACGUCGUUUCUUUGAGCUUCGCGGCAAGACACUCUACCUUUUCCGAGAUGAAACUGAUAAGCUCCCCAUUUCUAAACUUGAGCUUGACGGUCAAGUCACUGGCGUAACAGAUGCACAAUCUGAAGUAUUAAUACUUAAUUCCUUUAAAGUUGAUUUUCGAUCUUCAGAACCAUAUUAUUUCUUUUCUGAUGAUAAAAAGAAUAAGGAAUUGAUUGUUGCGGCUAUAGGUAGAUAUGCUAAAUAA